AUGCAACAACAAUAUAACACAAAAUGCGCUGGAGUUAAACGAUUGAUGCGCGAAGCUAUGGAGUUACGCGAACCCACCGAACUCUAUCAUGCACAGCCGCUCGAAGACAACUUAUUUGAAUGGCAUUUUACGGUUCGUGGAGCGAGUGGAUCUGAUUAUGAAGGUGGUAUUUAUCACGGAAGAUUACUUUUUCCUGUUGAAUAUCCGAUGAAACCACCAAAUAUGAUUUUAUUGACUGUGAGUUGGGAAAUUCGGGUUUUUCGGAAAUAAAAUGUAGAUGUUUAUUGGAGAGGAAUUAACAAUAAAACGUCACGCUUGAAAAAAAUUAAUUCAGUUUCACGUGAAAAAUUUGAGGAACAUUUAAAAAAAAUCAAUUUUUAAUAAAUUGUUACCUAGUAUAAACUUAUUCAGUCUCUAAAAGUUGCAAGAAUUAAAAAAAACUGUAAAUGUGCUAGAAUGUUUUCCAAUAAUUUUUCUUCCAGCCUAACGGUCGUUUCGAACUCAACACCAAAAUUUGUCUCUCAAUCUCCGGUCAUCAUCCCGAAACAUGGCUUCCUUCCUGGAGUGCUCGAACCUGUCUUCUGGCAAUUAUUGGAUUUAUGCCAACUGCUGGAGGCGGAGCACUUGGAAGUUUGGAAUAUCCAAAAGAGGAACGCCGAAAAUUGGCGAAACUUAGCGGAAAUUGGACAUGCGAUAAAUGUCAAUGUCAGAUGAAAAAUGUGCUUUUGCCGGUCAGCGACGAGAAUUCGAAAGAAGCUGAAGAGGCAAAAACAUUGGGAGCACAAUUGAAUGCACAAAAACCCAAGGAAACAUCUGGAAAUGUAAAUAAACAGGAAGAGAAAUCUGAGAAUCUUGUUGAAACUGUGAACGCAGAAUCUGAACUUGCCAGUGAAAAUGAGAAUUUGAAUGGUGAGGUUUUGAAAGUAAAAUUGAAAAUUUUGAGUCAAAUUUAUCAUCUGACCGAGUUUUGGUGACCUUGAAAUUUAAAAACUGUUUUCCUAGACUUUUUUAGUUUCAAAAAUUCGCGUACUUUCCCAAAAAUCUUACAUUUUGCAGAAUCACCGCCAGCUCCCAGUGCUCAAAUUCCAACUCCCAAUGCUCCCGCUCAAAUUCCUGCUCCAUCCCGAAUUUCAGCUCCAAGACCUUCUGAUUCCACCGACUAUUCUUUAUUUGUGAUAGUUCCACUGGUUUCAAUCGCCAUCGCAAUUCUGGUAAUUUUAAUAGCUCGUAGAAUUCUAAUCAUGUGA